GACGUUCACGCUACCCCUCUCUCAUUGCUACCCUUCUCUUUUACUAGCGCUGAAGUAUCACUGUUUUCCAUUCGCUGCUAACGCGCACGCCGUUUGAGCCCUCCUUGCUAUUUCUCGCCGAGACCCGAUCCGCACCCCAGCGCUGUUCCGCCGCGUAAAGCACCCACGUGUUCUACCGAUUCCGUGAGCUGAAGGCGGGCGAAGGAGACUCCUGCUGCUAACUGUGCGCUGUGCUCCGCUCUUACUUCUGCUUUCAAGGUCACUUUAAGCGUCGAUUUCCCGCCCUCCGUUUCCACUCGCCGAAGCCGCCAACCGGACAGCGGCAUGAACCGUUUUUGCUUUGCCUGGCAGCCGUGGAAGGCACUCGCCUUCGUCGCUCUUCUCCUGUGCUGUGUUCUCGGCCCUCACCCGGCGACCGCGGCAGAUGGCGAUGUGUCUGCACCCACGCCGCAGUCGGAAACGAUGAAGUUCCUGCAGGCCCUCGUGACGGCGGUGCCGGACCUGAAGCAAUACGCGGACGGUGCGGACUACUGCGACUGGCGUAAUUUCGUGCAGUGCGUGAAAGGCGUAGCCACGAAAGUGAAGCUGACGGGGUUGAAGCUGACACAGGCUUCGAGCCUGCCGGAUCUCGCCGACGGCGUGAACGGCACACUCGUGACGGUGACGGGGUUCGAGGCGAAUGACAUCGGCGCCAUGUUGUCCGGGACGCUGCCACUGAGCUGGGGACGGCUGACGCAGAUGCAGCGGAUUGUACUGUCAGGGAACGCGCUGACAGGAUCGCUGCCGGCGGAGUGGAGCGGCAUGACAUCGUUGAUGUGGGUGUACGUGGACGGUAAUUCGCUGACAGGGGAGCUGCCGAAGUCGUGGAGUUCGUUUUCGCUGAUGAUGGCUGUGUAUGCGGCUUCGAACCGUCUGACGGGCGUACUACCGAGCGAGUGGAGCGGGAUGACAAUGCUUGGAACCCUCGCGCUGAGCAACAACAAACUGUCAGGCACGUUACCUGCAGCGUGGAGCUCAUUGCGAACUCUGUCAUGGCUGGAGUUGAACAACAACAGCCUGUCGGGCCCCCUGCCGGCGGAGUGGAGCAAGCUACAUAUGAGUAAAGGUAACCUGCUGUUGCAAGACAACAACUUCUGCGGUUGCGUGCCGCCGGAGUGGGCUGGCAGCCUGACACCGACCGUGGACCCGGCGGUGAGCGCAGACAGCUGUGCAACGACGAACGUCUGUGUCACCGCGUCGAGCAGCGGUGCUGGUCCCCACUCUUCCAGCCACAGCAAGCCAACACCGAGCCCGGCAAGCAGCAGCCACAGCAGUCCGUCGCCAAGCCCUGCAAGCAGCAGCCACACAAGCCCUCGCCGGUUGUCGCAAGCAGCAGCAGUUCCAACGAGUCCACGUGCGCUGUGGUGCACUGCCUGGAGUGUGAAGCGGGCAACAGCACAAAGUGCAGCCAGUGCGCGCGCAGGUACGCGCUAA